GCUGCCAUAGCCCUGCGGGCGCAGGACAGCAGUCAGAUUGCUGCUGCCCAGCAGUUGGUCACGAAGGCUCUAUGGCUCCAUCGCGAUGCCGAGAAGGAGGACCUGGUGAUGCGAGCAAAGAUUUGGCACUCCGUCGGUGAGUGUUCCUUCGCUUUGGGCUUCUUGGCAGAGGGCGGCCGGUACACCGAUGCUUCCUGCAUGCCAGCGACAUCAGCAGAAGCCAUCGUGUUGUACAAGAAGGCGCUGAAAUGCUUCAAGGAGUCUGCGAUGCUCUUUCGGAAGACGGAGGGGCGACUGAAUCCGUUGACGGGGCAGGAGGCUCAGUAUGUUGCAUGGACGCUGCUGAAGUUGAAGCAGCCGGAGGAGGCAAAGAGUUACCUCCUAGAUUCGCUCGAGGCGCUCGCGGAGCAGCAGAGCGGCUGGGGUGAUGGCGAUGCACAGGCGCCAGCCCUCACGUCCGGCGUGCAUGCGGUGGAUCGCAUCUUAGAGGCGCAUCGAUGCUCUGACGAUCGAGCAGGCUUGGUGCGCUACUUCCCCGGUAUUCAGCGGCUGUGUGCCAACGUCGCCGGCCGCUUGCAGCCGUCGAAGGACCAGCGGCAUGCAGUCUUGUACGAGAAGCUCCUGUCAUCUAGCUCACUGGAUUCAGGGUCUAGGCUGGGCGACUUUGACCCACGUCGCCAAGAAAACGUGCAUCUAGCUCCACAGCUCCAUAUUCUCGAUGCCAGCUAG